AAUUAUUGCAGCGCGAUGGGCAGUGACGCACCCGAAGUGUGCCAACUCUGCAGAGAGCGCCAGGCCGCCGUGCUCUGCAACCCGUGCGAUGCCAAGCUCUGCAGUCCGUGCUGGACCCACCUCCACGCGAGCGUCGCCACGGUGCGUGGGCACACGACAACGCCACUCGUCUGCGAGGCGCCGCCGCCGCCGACGGUCGAAGCCUCUGAGGCGCGCGAAAUCAUCGCGUUCGAGGCCUUCAACGCAGUCAACAAGAAGACGCUCGACGCCCACGCCGAGUUUCUCACGACAUCCGAGUCGCUGACGCCAGCAAGCGCGGGCGGCGUCGUGGCGUUCAAUGCGCGCAUGGAGAGUCUGCAGACGAACGUCAAUGAGCUCAUGGAGGCGCGUGACGAGCUGCUCGCAGGCGUCUUUGCGCGGUCACCCGUGCUGCGCCAGCGCUUGGCGACCGUGGAACCCGGGACGCUCCUCAACAUUGCGGCGCUCGGCGCCAACUCGUAUAAGAAGCUCGAGCGCAUGGCGUCGCAUUACGAGGUGAGCGAAGCCAACGAAGAAGAACUGCGGACGUCGCUGCAAAUCGCGCGGCCCGGCACGCCCGAAUACGACGAGUUGGCGGCAGCCAUGGACGCCACUUUGAAGUACAAGAUGCAGCUCCAAGCCGACCGGUACGCCGAGUGCAUGCACCUCUACACGUACAGCGCCGCGCUGCGCGCCAAGGUGCGCCAAGCGCUCGCCAUGCCGUCUCUCUAAGAGUGCUGGGAUCGAUGAAGGACCUCUGUCUACAUUCCCCUCUCGUAUCCAUCGAGUGGACGUCUUGAGAUGAGAGCGUUUUAAGUUAAAAGGAGAGAUACUGGCGCAUGACCUCGA